AUGACCAUUAGUAAAUCUCAACCCAUCAACAAGAAGCACAGUACGAGGACUUCGAUCCGUUCCAGAAAUAAAAGGAGAUUAUCACAAUCAGAGUACAGAGAGGCUCUCGAGGAACGACAGAUCACCCAGGACUUGGAAGAUAUGAAGCCGGUAGUGUUGCCAAAGGAGCUGGACGAAGCGCUUCAUAACACGUUCAAAGACGUCAAGUGCCACUGGUAUCCUCUAGACGGUCUUUAUUGGACAAAGGAACAGCUCGCCACUCAGGGAGGUGGAUCCAGAAAUGGUCCGAGGCGACCGCCUCCAUUGUCUUUGUCGGCCCUUUCUUCACAGUCACUGAAAGGUGUCCACGAGAUGCUACCCCGGUCACAAUCUGAACCGAACAUAUCCAUUUUAUCGACCACUAGGACUCCACAUUCUUCGCCCAAGUCCAACCGUCGUGAAUCCAAGGAGAAUAAGGACCCUAACGAACUUCCAAGUUCUUUCCGUAAAAGGACUGUCACUUUCACGACGUCUGAGCUACCUUCGUUAGAUGCACAGGAGAUCGAUUCCAACUCAAUGAGCAUCGGUCAAUGCCAACCCGAAUUCAUCCUCAGCGACACCUACGAUGAGGGUGAUCUGAAGACCCCAACGGCACCUACACGCCGAGAUCGGGAUGAAAUCCAAACAUCAUUUAUCCAACAAACCUCGGAUGAAACUGACAUCGAUGAGAUGAUGCAGAUAUUUCCUGAGCUUCGCUGCACUACGCCACAUCCUCCUCCCAGUCCAAGCUUAUCUACAGCGGAUGGUGAUUUUGGUUCGGACCCUCUAGAUCUCUUCGCUUUUGAGAGUACGCCGGAGGAGUUUAAGAACAGAAGGGCGAACUUUAACUGGUUUGGUAUGGGUAGAUCUUAA